AUGUCCACCACAACGACUCAGACACAAGAAGAUGGUGCAAGGCGCACUUUCGGCACCCAGUAUGAAACCAAAGACUUGAUCGAGUUUGAUACCAGCAAGAUAUACGGCGACUGGCGCGACGAAUUUCACAAGUACGGAUGCGUACUCAUCAAGAAUGUCUUAAGCAAGGAGCGAGCCCAGUACUAUGUCGACAAGCAGCUCGAAUGGUUGAAGAACUUCGACCUUGGCUUCGACGAGAAGGACAAGUCAACGUGGACUGCAGACCACUUGCCAGUCUCAUUCAAAGGCGGAAUGUACUUCGCUUACGGCUCCACACACGAGAAGCACACAUGGGAAGCGCGGACAGAGCCGGCCAUCGUGGACAUCUUCGAGAAAUUGUGGGGCACGGACGAGCUCAUCACAUCCUUCGAUGGUGUCAAUAUCUUCCCUCCUCGCAAGGACCUCAACUGGACACCGUGGCCACACUGCGAUCAGAACCCAGAGAGGAAGGGUAUGCAAGCCGUUCAGGGUCUGGUGAAUUACGCUCCCAAUGGCGAGAACGACGGCGGUCUUGUCUUGAUGAAGGGCUCCGCCAAACUCCAUGACGAGUUCUUCGCACACAAGCGUGAGGCUGCAGACCACGAGGAUGCGCCUCCACCAGAGAUCAAGUUUAUGGAUCUCUUCCUCUUCAGCCAGAAGGACGUCAAAUGGUUUGAGGAAAGAGGGUGCGAACUCGUGAAGAUCAACAUGGAGCCCGGCGACUUCGUCCUUUGGGACUCCAGAACACUCCACAUGGCCAAGUUCCCGGAAGGUGAGCAGAUUCGACACGCACAGUACAUCUGUAUGACACCUAGGAAGUUCGCCACGGAUGAGGCGUUAGAGGCGAAGAAGGAAUGCUUCGAGAACUACUACGGCACCACCCACUGGCCUCACUGUAAUGUUCGCCCUUCAAGCGAGAAGCCGAUGAGAAAUGGUGAAGUGUGCCCGAAAUACCGAACAGAGCCGUUCGAGAAGCCCACAGUCACCGACCAGGUCCUAAAGCUGGCAGGUGUCAAGCCAUACUAG